CAAAUCUACUGAACAGAUUAUGCUGAUAUUCGCUUUAGAUAUACAAUAUAUUCUGGAAAAAGUUAUAAGCCAUUUUUCUAUUUUGUAAUACGUAAACGAAACCGGGUUGCAGUUAGUAGUUACUGUAUUUACAUAGAAAAUAAUAAUAAAUUAAAGACUGUGAUUUCUAUUUUUCGAAAAGUCUUAAAAAUCUACUGUUAUUAACUUAAUAAAUGUAUUUUACUGUUUAAGUAUCAAUCUAUUCUCUACUAGCCCUUAUAUUAUUCUACGUGACAUUCUAAUAAAAAAUGUAUAGAACAGAUACUAAAAAGUGUUUUUCUAUUAAACACUGUAUUUGUUUGAUUUAUUUCAAGCCGAGGGUUACUACUUUAGGGCGACAAAGUGGCUUAUAAAUGCGAGGCGAAUUCUUUUAUUUUACCAUUCAUAUUGCUUUCUUUCAAACUAACACCAUGUUAAAAAAAUUCAUCAACAGUUUAGAAGACCCAGAAAAACCUUUAUUCGGUCCAAAUUUCUGGAUCCUCAAAAAAAUCGGCUUAAUUCUACCAAACAACUACAAAGGCAAAAUUUUUUACAUUUUCAUGCACGAAUUAGUCACACUAUUCGUGAUAACUCAGUACAUUGAAUUGUACAUCGUGAGGUCAGAUUUUGAGCUCGUAUUGACGAACCUGAAGAUUUCCAUGCUCAGCAUUGUCUGCGUUGUCAAGUCUAACACGUUCAUUCUUUGGCAAGAUAGAUGGAAACAAGUCAUCAAAUAUCUCACUGAAGCUGACAAAUGGGAGAGGCAAACGAAAGACGAUGUUAAAGGCCGAAUAAUUGACAAAUACACGAGUUAUUGCCGCAAAUUGUUGAAUUUCUACUGGGUGUUACUCAUGAUAACUGCAACCACUGUUUGUGGCACGCCGCUGUUCAGAUAUCUCUCAUCGUCUAGUUACCGUGAAGCAUUGCAUAAUGGAACUGAACUAUUUCCACAUAUAUUUAGUUCUUGGACACCAUUUGAUAAGUAUCACUCGCCUGGUUCCUGGAUCACAAUGGCCAUGCAUAUAUACUUUUGUUUAGAAGGCGCAGGCAUAAUGGCUUCUUAUGAUACUUGCGUUUUGGUGAUUAUGGUGUUCUUUGGUGGAAAAUUGGAUCUCUUGAAAGAAAGAUGCAAGAAUAUAUUCAAGGACGCUCACACAGAAGAAGAAGUCGUUGCCAAAAUUAAGGAACUGCAUGAAAUACAUGUUUCCCUUAUGAAAUAUUCGAGAACAUUCGACUCGCUUCUUUCACCGGUUAUGUUUUUCUACGUUGUCAUUUGUUCCUUGAUGCUGUGUGUAAGCGCAUUUGAAUUAACUUCAGCUCCAGAUACCACUCAACUGCUGCUCACAGCGGAAUACCUUGUAUUUGGUGUGGCACAGUUAUUCAUGUAUUGUUGGCAUAGCAACGACGUCUUAGUCAAAAGUGGCGACGUAUCGAGUGGCCCUUACGAAAGUAAAUGGUGGGAAGCUAGUGUCACUGAAAGGAAAUAUAUUCUCACAUUGGCUGGUCAGCUAAAAAUAGUUCACAUAUUUAGGGCUGGGCCGUUUACGAACCUAACGGUUGCUACUUUUAUUACGAUUCUCAAGGGAGCAUACAGCUAUUAUACAUUAAAUGCAUUUGUUAAAUUAAAGAAAGAGUGUGCUAUGGAAAACCAAAAUUCACCAGAACGUACGGUGCCAAUACAAUAUGUGCGUGCUUCGCGAGCUUUUCGGCAAUUUAAAAACCCGCCACAGCCUCAUAUGUGUAUACAAGAUACGAUAAAGGAUUCUACGGAGAAACUGUUUAUAAACGUGCUAGGAUGGCAGAAAAUCGCAAACCCCAAGCAGUAUACAGAUCCAAUACCCUUAUAUGGUGGUAUGCAGGUUCAUCAAGGGUGUGGACCAAACAGCAACAGACCUCCUUUAUUAGUAUUUGCAGUGAUGGUGAACCCAGACAUUUUGAAAGCUAAUGGGAAAAAUGCAGCAAAUCCAACUGAUAGAGAAGCGCUAGUCAGUCUACUGUGUGAUUUUGUAGAGGCAAUGAACCCAGGGCUGGUGCUAGCGAGGAAUCCAGUUAUAUUGAAAGAUCGGGAUUUAGCGGGUGAGCUCAAAGAUGUGUGGCUCGCUGUGCAAAAUAAGCGUGAGAGGGAAAAGGGAAUGAACCAGGAUGUUAUGUAUAAGGUAUAUGACAUAGAUGGUAUUGGCAGUGAUGAAAUCAAUGAAGAAGACAGAAACGGUAAACAGUAUGAUGGUAACUCGCCGAACAAAAGUCAGAAUUUUGACAAGAAAAGUGUGAAAUCAUCAAAACAAAUACUCAUGAAUGCUGGCCAAAAAUCGGAAUUUGACUCCGGAAUGAAUAACUGUCAAUUGACUCAAAAUAUACCGACAAAAGACAAUAGAAUCGCAAAUACAGACGCUGAUACGACGUAUUGUACACCAAAGUAUGGGCAAAUGGUCUCAAGCAGAGAGAAUCACAACCAAAUAAAUGAUAUACAACAAAAAUUCGCCGGCAACGAAACAAAACCUUCAAGCUCAUUCAGAAAAGACUGGAAUUCAGUGCACGGUAAAACAGCACAAAGUUGGGAUGAAUUCUCGAAACGAAAUGUCUCUCAAAUGAAAAUGGAAGAAGGAAAAAAACAUAAAAAAGACAAAAAAGAAAUGAGCAAUGGCAAAGCGCAUUACGAUUUUUUCCCAGUAUUCGACAACCGAAAUGACCAAGAAGUCGCUGAAGACAGUAUAAAACAAGAUAUUAGUAAUGAAGACAAUUCUAAAAUAAUAAUAGAUCCAAUGCAGAAAUUAGUUCUGCAUUCGACUGAUAAUAAAAUUUGUGAUAAUAAAUCAAGUGCUCUCAGCUCAUUUAGUUCGUAAAGCUUUUUAUAAACAACUUUUAUAUGGCAGUUGUAUGGAUUGCCUGUGUAUAAAGAUCCUUAGAUGCGGUUCUACAAGUUAAAAGUGCCCUCAUAUUGUAAAAAUUAUUCAUGAAAAAAAAAAUUUUUUGCGCCAAUUUUUGUGGCAACUGUUAAUCGAGGGUUUCCAUAAAUAAUAAUUUAUGCUUGUAUGUUGACAAUUUAUAUGUUAGAAUUAGUAUAGUGAACAGAAUACAGGACUAGUCAAGUUCUUUUGGACAAUACUGUAGUAUGCGAACAAAUUUAAAAAAAAGCGGGAAAAUGGACAUUGAAAUCUCACAAUGAUCUUUUUAUAAAUUGUCAUGUUAAAAAAUUGGUAAGUUGUCUAUAGUAUUUCUUUUUUUUAACUGGCACAAAUUACGGCGAUUUUAUGCAAAGAAAAGCCACAAAGUAUGCUAACGGCAUGUGUAUAUUAUUGAAUGUCACUAUAGACUUGGAUUAUAGUUUUUUUGAUAAUUACCAGUGACGAUUUAUUUUGUAAUUCGUUACUUACAUUACUCACAACUAGAGACAUAUAAAAUUAUAUAAAUCCAAUUGAGAAAAAAUUCUUUAAAU